AAAACACCUAUUCACAUGUUUUUGGUGAUUUUGACUUGGUUUUUACUGAAUGCACAGGGUGAGUCGCUCGGCAGAGGGAGGGAGGGGCCAAGUGGGUAUAGACCCGGAAGGAGGGGCCGAGGGGGUACGGACCCAGUCCCUCGCUCCUGGAUCUUCUUUCCUGUCGCUGCCACCCACGCUGCCGAGCGCCCAUCGUCUUCCUCCUCGCGCGAGCGCCUCCACCGCAAGAUCCGCUCCGCGCCUGACCCGAUUCACGCGAAGAUGGACGUCGGCGGCAGCGAUGGCGGGAGCAGCAUCAAGAAGUGGAACGUCAUCUACCCGGUGUACCUCAACUCCAAGAAGACUGUCGCCGAGGGCCGCCGCAUCGCCGCCGCCAAGGCUUGCGCCGACCCAACCUGCAACGAGAUCUUGGACAGCUGCACCUACCUCAAGAUCCCUUGCAAAAUUGAGCAGGAUAAGGCGUAUCCGCGAGAUUUCUUCCAGAGGGGGAGGGUGAGGGUGCAGCUCCAAAAUGAAGACGGAUCCCCAGUCAAUCCUGCAAUUAGAACAAAGAAACAGUUGAUGAUCCAAAUAGCAGAGCUGGUACCCAAGCACCAAGGGAGAACUAAGAAGCAGGAACCAUCGGCUAGUUCGUCAGCUGCCCCGACUUCCAAGUCAAAAGGCGGGAAGAAGAAGAAGUGAUGAAAGCAGCAUCUUGUGUUGUUUUUCUUCUUCUGUUUAUAGAUUUCCAUAGAAAAUUCCUUGAGGGAGUUCUGUGUCUCCUCUGAUGAAUUUUUCGGGGUUCUGAAUUCCUGAUCCAUUUGGACCGUCUUUCUGGUGGCCUUUGAGAGGUUACAAGCAGCCAAGCAAGAGCGACCUAGUGUUAGUUUGGGACUGCGGUAGUCAAAGUUUGCAGAUGCUUUCAGUUUA